AUGGACAAUAUAUUUGUCAUCUUGGAUGGUUCACAAGUAAAGGGGAUUCCUAAGGGACAGUUCCUGCGUCUUCGCCGUAACUGUUCCUCUGGAGUGAAAUGUGACAAACAUGCAGCCCUCAUGACAGAUAGGUUCAUAGCAAGAGGCUACCCGAAGCGAAUUUUAAAAAACGCUUAUACUGUGGCAAGAAAAACAAAUAAAGAAUCCCUCCUAUAUCCAAACGCAAAAGAGAAUUCUAAUUCCAUUAUACUAGUGACUAAGUUUAACUGUCACUGGAAUGGAAUUAAACAAAUUCUCAGAAAUAACUGGAAAAUCUUGAUUAAUGAUGAGAAUGUGGCCAAAGAAGUAGGGCACUUCCCAUCAUUAACGGCAAAAAGAGCCUCUAAUUUAAGAGACAAACUUGUGCAGAGCAGGUUUAUAACUCCACAAAAAAACUGGCUCUCUAGCCAAAAGCUGGUAGGAAAUUUUCCCUGCAAAAAAUGUGUGGCAUGUAAAUUUAUGCUAAAAUCAAAAAUAUUCUCAGCUUGUACAGAAAAAGUUUAUAAACUGAAAUAUUUCUUUAAUUGUAAUACUGAAGGAGUGGUUUACUUGCUAAACUGUAACUGUCCAAUUUUUUACGUUGGAAAAACCAAGAGAUUGUUAAAAGACAGAAUCCUUGAGCACAGUGACGACAUCAAGAACAAGGUGCAGAAUAGCAGUGUGGCAAGACACUUUGAGAUCUUCCACAAUAGUAGCCCAGACUGCAUGAGAGAGUUAGGCAUUGACAAGGGCAUAACCAAUGGUAGAGGGGGAGAUAAUGAUAAGGUUCUCCUACAGAAGGAAUUGACAACACUAGGCAUGGAUUUAAACGCCACUCAAGUGACAACACCAGACAUGGAUUUAAACACCAAUCAAAUGACAACACCAGACAUGGAUUUAAACACCAAUCAAGUGACAACAACUCCAGAUACGGAUUUAAACACCAAUGAAAUGACAACACCAGACACGGAUUUAAACACCAAUCAAGAUGUACCAGAUGUAUAUACCACUGUUAUAAGAGCCAAUCAAGAAAGUAAGAAGCUUUUACGUCAAGGCGAUAUAGCUUACAAGAUCGGACGCAAUGCUCUGAACUGCCGAGACUGCCUGUGGCCCAAAUCCAAUAGCGGCAUUGUGAAUGUGCCAUACGUUUUAUCACCUGAUUACGAUGUCAAUGAAGUAUCUGUAAUCACUGCAGCUAUGGAAGAAUUUAAGACCCUGACAUGUGUGAAGUUUAUUCCUCAAACUGUAGAAACAGACUAUCUGGAUAUUAAGCAAGAUUCUGGUUGUUGGUCCUACAUUGGAAUGACUCAUGGAGCUCAGACCGUAUCUGUGAUGAAGGAUGGAUGCAUUAGUCAUGGACCUGUCCAGCACGAAUUGAACCACGCUUUGGGAUUUUUUCACGAGCAGUGCAGAAGUGACAGAGAUGACUAUGUCACCAUUAUUACGGAAAAUAUUUUACCAGAUAAGAUGUACAACUUCAAUAAGGAGAACACAAAUAACCUUGGUGUUCAAUAUGACUAUUCAUCACUAAUGCAUUAUCCACGCUACGCAUUUGGUAACCCAUCAGGCAUAGAUACUAUAGUACCAAAACCUGACCCAAACGUUCCUCUUGGCCAGUCUUAUGGAUUAAGCAAUUUGGAUGUUCUUAAAAUUAAUCGUCUAUAUGAGUGCGAUAUCUGUAGCAGUUUGCUCACUUCCCCCACUGGAACAGUGACUUCAGCAAACUAUCCAUCUGCAUAUCUAAAUAAUGCUAAUUGCUUAUGGCUUAUCCGCAUCCCAGAUAAUAAGGUUUUCCUGACAUUUGAAGCAUUUGAUAUCCAGCCCUCCACAAACUGCAUGUCAGACUAUGUUAAAGUAUAUGAUGGAGCCAGCAAAACAUCUCCAGUUCUCCUUGAUAAAACCUGUGGUUCCGGAAUGUUGCCCUCAUUUAUAGCAUCCAGUAAUUCAAUGCUUCUGGAAUUUGUUAGUGAUGGAGCCGUUACUGCAACUGGAUUUAAAGCUUCAUACACUGGAGUUUACUGUGGUGCCACAAUUAAUUCCGCACCUGGGGUUAUAACAUCACCGGGAUACCCCAAUCUAUAUCCACCUUCUGUUGACUGUUUCUGGAUUAUAACUGCUCCCCCACAGAAAAUGGUUUCAAUUAAUUUUAAUGUCUUUAACCUGGAGGUAAAUACUUACUGCUUAUACGACUAUGUCCGUAUCUAUGAUGGAAAAACAACGUCCUCUCCACUUCUUGGAACAUUCUGUGGCAGUAAUUCUUUCAACACUAUGUCAUUUAGUGCCUCUAUGCUAAUACAGUUCCACAGUGACGGUAAAACUCAGUCUACCGGAUUUCAGGCUUCAUAUAGGUUUAUUAAAUGUAUGUAA